AUGACGCAAAAGAUUCCAAAUGGCGUUUCUUCUCCAAAUACGGAUUUUCGAGCCAUUGUCGCUGACGGGCGGUCUUUUGCCCUCAACGGUAAAGGCGUGUCCUAUCGCUUUCACGUUGACGAAGGUAGCGGUGACUUGAUUUCGGACCAUUUUGGUGGCCCCGUGAGCGAGAACCCCAUAGCAGGAAAGGCCUCCAAUGGUGGCGGCUGGUCGACUUACGAGCAUCUCCGACGGGAAUUUCCUGACUCUGGAAGGGGAGAUUUUCGCUCACCAGCUGUGAGAAUAAGGCAUCCGGACGGUCAUACAGUCAGUUCGUUCAAGUAUGAGUCUCAUACAGUUCUCAAUGGGAAGCCGGACUUGAGUGGCCUACCUUCAACCUUUGGACAUUCCGACGAGGUCACAACAUUAGUCAUACGAAUGGUUGAUGCUGUCAGCUCCAUCCAAGUUGACCUGAGCUAUUCUGUUUUCCCUAACCACAAUGCCAUUGUCAGGAGUACUACGGUACGAAACGUGGGCGACAGAGACGUCACGAUCGAAAAGCUAGCCAGCUUUUGUGUCGAUUUACCACAUGACGAUUAUGAAAUGCUACAGCUGCAGGGUGAAUGGGUGAGGGAAUGCACCAGAACUCGUCGUAAAGUCGAUUAUGGCACACAAGGAUUCGGAAGCGCCACUGGAUACUCAUCACACUACAACAACCCGUUCGUGUCGUUAGUUAAGCCGAGCACAACUGAAAGUUAUGGUCUAGCCUGGGGGUUUUCUCUGGUGUACACUGGAUCCUUCACCGCCGAAGUUGAGAAAAGUCCCCAAGGCUUAACUCGGGUGCUGCUUGGAAUGAACCCCAACCAACUUUCCUGGCCACUCAAACCGGGAAAAGCUCUGACAUCGCCAGAAUGUGUUAGUAUAUUCUCUGCAAAUGGUAUUGGUGGUAUGUCACGCAUGUUUCACGGCCUAUUCCGUCAAAACCUCAUCAAGAGCAAGUUCGUCAAUGAGCCUCGCCCAGCAUUGCUGAAUAGCUGGGAGGGGCUGUAUUUUGACUAUGACGAAAAGACCAUAUACAAACUUGCUCAACAGUCAGCCCAGCUAGGAGUUAAGCUCUUCGUGCUUGACGACGGCUGGUUUGGAGGCAAAUAUCCUCGCAUCAAUGAUCAUGCCGGCCUUGGUGACUGGGAAGCAAAUCCUGCACGGUUUCCAGAUGGUUUGGCCUCCCUGGUGGCAAAAAUCACAAGCCUUGAAGUGACAAAUAAGCCAAAUCGUCAGGCAAAAUCACAGAAUUUGAAAUUUGGCUUGUGGGUAGAGCCGGAGAUGGUGAACCGCAACUCAUCGCUCUACAAGAAACACCCAGACUGGGUACUGUCAGCAGGAGAUUACCCAUCCACAGAAACGCGGCACCAGCUUGUACUAAACCUCGCUCUACCAGAGGUACAGGACUUUAUUAUUGAGUCCGUAUCUAGGAUAUUGCAAACUAUGCCGGUUUCUUAUGUUAAGUGGGAUAACAACAGAGGCAUGCAUGAGAGUCCAACUCCGAGCAACUGCCACGCCUACAUCCUGGGCCUUUACCGCGUCUUUGACACACUUACCCGCCAGUUCCCUGAUAUCCUGUGGGAAGGCUGUGCCUCAGGAGGUGGGCGUUUUGACCCUGGAGUUCUCUAUUUCUUUCCCCAGAGCUGGACAUCCGAUAAUACAGAUGCGUUAGACCGACUCCAGAUACAGUUUGGCACAUCUGUGGUGUAUCCGGCGUCGUCGAUGGGGGCACACAUUGGGGCAGUCCCAUAUGAACUCACAGGUCGUACCAUCCCGCUUCAGUUUCGAGCCCAUGUGGCCAUGAUGGGUGGCUCGUUUGGGCUCGAACUUAACCCAGAUGACCUACCAGACACCGACCGAGCUCAACUUCCUGACUUGAUUGCUCUUGCAGAGAGAGUCAAUCCGAUUGUGAUAAGAGGGGACAUGUGGCGACUGAGCUUGCCCGGCGAAUCCAACUUCCCCGCAGCGCUGUAUGUAUCGGACAAUGGUAGCCAAGCCGUCCUGUUCCUCUUCCAGAUUCAUACAGUGCCGGUACAUAAUUAUCCCACGAUCAAACUUGAAGGGUUGGAGCCGGAAAGCAAGUAUGCUGUUGAAGGCUUUGGGGUUUAUUCUGGAGCUACACUCAUGAAUGGCGGGAUUCAGCAGCGGUUUACCGGCGACUAUGACAGCAAGAUGAUAUUCAUAGAGCGCGAGUAG